CAGGGAGGAACAAGCCUGCCUGGGCAACGAAACCGAAGAGUCUAGAGAGGAAAAGCUCUGGGCUGCGACUGCGCGACGAGGAUAUGAGCGGCGAGGCGGCGGUCGGCGGCGGCGGCGGGGAGGCGAAUGGCGUCCAGCCGAACGUCACCAUCUACAUCAACAACCUCAACGAGAAGACCAAACUCGAAGAACUUAAGAAGUCCCUCAAUGCCGUUUUCUCCCAGUUUGGGAAAAUCCUUGAAGUGCUUGCUUUUAAGACCUUGAAGCAUAAAGGGCAGGCAUGGGUUGUGUUUGAAGAUGUUGCAUCAGCAACUGAGGCUUUGAAGAGGAUGCAAGACUUCCCCUUCUAUGACAAACCUAUGAAAAUUCAAUAUGCCAAGACCAAGUCAGAUGUUGUAGCAAAAGCUGAUGGCACCUUUGUUCCUCGAGAAAGAAGGAAGAGGACUGAUGAGAAACCUGAAAAGAAGCAGAAGCGUGAGCAGCACCACGAUGUUAGCCAGGGUACCUUAGGCAUGAAUGCCUAUCCUGGUGCUUAUGGGGCUCCUCCACUCUCCCAGCUACCUUUUGGUGGUGGACCGAAGGUCAUGAUGCCAGAGAUUAUUGUGCCAAAUAACAUCCUCUUCGUCCAAAAUCUCCCACACGACACGACCCCUAUGAUGCUGCAGAUGCUCUUCUGCCAGUACCAAGGGUUCAAGGAAGCAAGGAUGAUCGAAGCAAAGCCAGGUAUUGCUUUCGUGGAGUAUGGAGAUGAGGGGCAGGCAACGGCAGCUAUGAGCGCUCUUCAGAACUUCAAAAUUUCAAAAGAUAACCUAAUGCUCAUCACAUACGCGAAGAAAUAAAGAGCUUGAGCUGUAUUGACUCGGUGAAUUAAUGUUGUAAUCCAGGUUUCUCACCAUUAGUAGAUUUUCUUCAUCAUGUGUAAGGAAGACUGUGUCAUGGAUAAUCCAGUAAAUUAAUAUUAAGCUGCGUUUUUGUGGCAUCAUGAUCA